GCGGAGCCUGGGCAAGGGGCCGGCUCAGAUUCAGGCUAUAUUGGGAAGGGUGCUUGCGUUUACUGACAGCUUAUCAUGGAGGCGAACGAGUUUGGACCCCAGGGUUUUCCGGAGCUGAAGAAUGACACCUUCCUGCGAGCAGCUUGGGGAGAAGAAACAGACUACACUCCCGUUUGGUGCAUGCGGCAGGCAGGCCGCUACUUACCAGGUCAGGUCAGGGCCUCUGAGACUAGAGUUUAGGGAGACUCGGGCUGCCCAGGACUUUUUCAGCACUUGUCGCUCCCCGGAGGCUUGCUGUGAACUGACUCUACAGCCACUGCGUCGCUUCCCUCUGGAUGCUGCUAUCAUCUUCUCCGACAUCCUUGUUGUACCCCAGGCACUGGGCAUGGACGUGACCAUGGUGCCUGGCAAAGGGCCCAGUUUCCCAGAGCCGUUAAGAGAAGAGCGGGACUUAGAGCGUCUCCGGGAUCCAGCAACAGUGGCCUCUGAGCUGGGCUAUGUGUUCCAGGCCAUCACCCUCACUCGACAACGGCUGGCUGGGCGUGUGCCAUUGAUCGGCUUUGCUGGUGCCCCGUGGACUCUGAUGGCAUACAUGGUUGAGGGUGGCGGCUCAAGCACCAUGGCUCAGGCCAAGCGCUGGCUUUACCAGAGACCACAAGCCAGUCACCGGCUGCUUCACAUCCUCACUGAUGCUCUCGUCCCGUAUCUGGUGGGACAAGUGUCUGCUGGUGCCCAAGCAUUGCAGCUCUUUGAGUCCCAUGCAGGGCAUCUUGGCCCACAGCUCUUCAAUAAGUUUGCAUUGCCUUACAUCCGUGAUGUGGCCAAGCGAGUGAAGGUUGGGCUGCAGGAGGCAGGCCUGGCACCAGUGCCCAUGAUCAUCUUUGCUAAGGAUGGACAUUUUGCCCUGGAGGAGCUGGCCCAGGCUGGCUAUGAGGUGGUUGGGCUUGACUGGACAGUGGCCCCAGAGAAAGCACGGGACCGUGUGGGGAAGACGGUGACCCUGCAGGGCAACCUGGACCCCUGUGCCCUGUAUGCAUCUAAGGAGGAGAUUGGGCAGAUGGUGGAGCAGAUGCUGAAUGACUUUGGGCCACAGCACUACAUUGCCAACCUGGGCCAUGGACUUUACCCUGACAUGGACCCAGAACAUGUGGGGGCCUUCGUGGAUGCCGUGCACAAACACUCACGUCUGCUUCGACAGAAUUGAGCAUACACCUUUUCCCUGAAGUACCACUAACAAAAAUGAUUGUUUCCAGGAGAAUAAAAGUUCCAGAGUUGGAGUCUCA